CCUUAAUCGAGCAACUGCCUUUUGUGUCGUGCCCAAGAAUUCUACGUUCUCUUGGCCACAAAGAGCUAAUUGUAGUCCUGCGGGGGCUUUAUAGCCGGCAGAGAGGGGGUCUGAUUUCACAUUGUGUUAAACAGAAACCAGGAGUUUCCCUAUACAAUCAGCCCCACAGGGCACUGAAAUCUCACCUGUGCUCUCAUAGGCCAGCACAGACUUAAUCCACUGAGCUAUUUUGGUAAAUCUGUAAUUGCUAGGUGCACAGUUUUAGUUUGCUUUCAAUAUAGCAACCCAGCACAGUGAUGAAUUGUAACAUAAUAUAGUCUUUUAUGUGGAGCGGACACACACAAUGAAGUGGUAUUACAGGAACAUUUGACAGCUCUGGGUACUUAAAGAGUGUAUUGUUUUACUUGAUACUCUUGGUUUGACCAAAUCCAGGUCCCGAUCAACAUUUUUACCCUGUAAAAACUUUAUUAUCAUAUAUUAGGUGCUUUGACUUUUAACAGAAAAUGCCCUAACUGAGUCAUCUUGUUGUGAAAACAUCAUUUUUGUUCAUAUUAAUAUUAAUUCUGAGGCAUCUUAAGACCUGCCCAGCAACAGCAGGUUUUCACCUCCUCCUCCUCCUUUUCAAAGUGGUGCAGGUGAGAGUUUCCACUUAUUAGGUUGUCACUACAGCGCUGCAGGUAGGAGGCGGAUGGGGGGAGGUGACAGAGAGCACUAGAGAAAGGGGACGCCAGACAGAGAGAGCCCAUUCAUUUCAACCACAGCUGACGAAAAAGCUCAACUGCAGCAGAUCAGGUAAGAGGAUUUCUAUAUAAUAAAAUGUACCAAACAGAGAGAUGAAUAAUGUUCGCAUGGUGUCAGUUUUGCUAAAUCGAGUUUUUGUGUCAGUGCACGGAGAAUCAAAGGGUGGUACAGGUCAAAAACAGUUGUAUUAUUGUAACCAAGAUGAUACAGAAGAGAAUUGCCGGAGUGUGUGUUAUACAUUAACCUCUCCAGUAUGUUCUCUUCUAAAUAAACUAAUUGGUGACUUACUAACAGGGUUAAUAGACCCACUUGGUUCAAUGUAAAGUCUAUCCAGGACGUCCUUUUAUUUUUCCCCAAAUAGUGUGAUAAUUUCUGUAACUUUUCCAUCAAAGAAUGACUCAAUUUUGUCCUUUUUCUAGUCCAAAUUAAGAGCCAUUGUCCUAAAGUUAUUCUGUUCUUCCUGAUUAAAAAGCAAAACUUGACAUGACUCUAUCAGGUGUUUGAAUUUUAGCCUCUCCUCGGCUCAGAGAUGUGACACAUUCACAGUGAUUUAAUGUUAAAUUUCCCUUUGAAUGACCAGCUUUGCUCAAAUUUCAGGUUAAGUCGAGGCUUUUGUAUAUCACUCAGGGAGUCUUAUGAUUAAAUGCAUGACUCAUCAUAACCACAUGAUGAACAUUUUCAGAGUUUAAAGUUUAAAGUCGACUGGUGUGAUUUUCAAAAUGAGGAUUUCGCACCUCAACAGGACUUUUGAUGCUUGGCACACCAAAUUCAGCAUCCUCCAUGGGAUUUAUUUUUCCAAGUAAACUCUGCAUUUUGACUGGAAAGCCAAAAUGGCUACUGUUGUCUCUCAGUUUCCAGGGUGUAGAGCCCAGAGGAGCCCAGGCUGGGAUCCAAGGGAGAGGGGAAAAAACAAAUCGUGCUGCUCAGCGGUCCUCCCAAGAGGACUGAACAAGGAACAAACACGCUUUAAUUGAGUUCACUGAUAGACCCCAGCACACACAGAGACACAUACUGUAAAAUAUAAUCCUCAGCCGCUCCAAAAGACUAAAUUUAGCAGGAGUGACCUUAUGAGGGGUGACCACUGCUGAAAAAUGUCAUUGUGCUUUAAAAUGUCUUUGUUAAGGACGAUAGAAGUUUUAAAAAAACUACAGCUCAACUACCUUUACAGAGUGACUCAUCCAAACAAUUACCAGACCAGUUUCAAGGGAAUAAUUAAAGAGGAGACCUAAGAUGACUCUCACUAAUAAAAAGAAGAGAAAAAAAAGUUCUCACAGAUGGAUAACAGGGGGUUAGCACUUCACAAGUCAGAGAGCUGUAAGCAUAAAGAAAUCGCUUAAAUUGUACAAUAACAACAUCAUUAAAAUUCACCGAUAUUCAAAGCUGGACUUUUCUCACUCAUGUGAACUGAAUGUUUUUUUUUUCCUUCUCUCAAAAGAUUAAACAGGAUGACUUCAUCACAGGCUGGGAAAAAAUUUUUCACUUUUCCUGUUGGUGUGACAAUGGCCUCUAUUACAGGUAUGUGUGUGUUUGAUUUUUUUAAAUCACUGUCAAUUUUUACAUAUACUUUCAUACUACCCCGAUAACGCACCGAUGUGUGUUAUCACGGUAAUAAUUUAUCCCUCCUCCUAUGUUAGGGUCUGCAACAUCCUGUUUUUGAUUUUAAAUGCUCAAAAGAACAACUCGAGAAUUGGCUUUUUUGCAUCAAAACUUUUUGACUUUGUCAGGAACCUCUAUUUCAACAAAAUAAAAAUUUAAAAAACUAAAUUGACUAAAUUAUAAAAUGCUCUUAUUAAAUUAUCGCACUUGUUGUCUUGGGUCACUGUUGACCUGGUUAGAUCAAUAUCUAAUAAUUAGAGCCAAAACAGGAAAUCAUAAGUGCACUGUCAGGCACCACACUGACAGUCAGAUCCUCUUCCAAUCAUGUGAGAUUUAGGAAGUUCUCAUUUUGCCAUGUUUUUACCUGCACAAAAAACAACGUCAGGUAUGUCCAGUCAUAUGAGGUCAAUUCAGUAUAGAUGUCUGUGUGAGGGGUAUACUGACAGAAAAAGGCCCAGAGACCCACAACAAAAAAUAUGAUAAGCAAUAUUUUCAUGGAUAAUGAAGCCUAACAAAGUAAUCUAGAGAUGAGAACCAAACUGAAUAAUAGAGAAUUGUUUUACUGUAAUUUACAGCUGAUUUAAGACAUGGGUCAAAACCGACCCUUAACAUAGUGGGUGUGCAGUAAAAGCUAACACAGGAGGAAGGUUAAGCCACCGUGGGGUACCUAACAAACUACAGAGGAGUAAAUACUGCUAUACCCAACGCUCUGGGACACUAUUUCACUGUCCUCCAAGUAAAGAUGCCAGACUGUAGCUCUCUGAUGAAUCGAUGACAUACAAAUGUUGGCAUGGAUACUGUGCACCAGUGCUGCAAGGUUAAGAGUUCAAUCUGCUGAAGAAUGGGAUACCUGUACCUUAUGGUGUUGUUAGAAGCAGGUCCCCAUGGAAACGACAAACAAAAAUGUAUUGGUGUCUUGAUAAGUUUGUCUUAAUACUGCAGUUGUGUCUGAAAUUUUAAUGUCAUGAAAGCUUUUACCUUCAUGACAUCUGAGUGUGAGGUUAUGUUUAACUUCCUUCUUGGGUAUUCAAGAUUUUCAAGAUUCAACCUGGGUCAGGUGGUAAAUUGUUUUUGUCAAUAAAACGAUAUUAACUGUAAUGUACAGCUAACUAAUUGGUCCAGAGGUCCAAUUCAUUUAUUAUGGCCAGAGACCGGUUCCCAAAGUCUCUAGAGAAAAGGUGUCAAAUGAUUCCCUGAAUGAAGCUGAAGAUAAGAGAGCUUGCACCAGCACCCCUGAAUCCUCCUCACUGGCUAACAUUUCCAUUCAUGAGCUGGUUAUACAUUACUUGGGUGGGUUAUUCACCAGUUUUUCUCAACAUGCUCUUACACAUUUUCCAAUUGCUCCCCACACUGCUAGGUCACAGUGGUAUCCUGCAUCUCCUCCUGUUAGGAAUACUCCUUCCAUCAGUAUUAGGACAAAGUACCACCUCUGCAUCUUUCACUUCCUCCUCCACUGGUGCCUCAUCCUCAAAGGUUUCCACCGCCAUGACAGCAACAUCAACAACAACAGCAACCCCCACCAAGUCAACCAUGAUGACCACCAACAGCCAAACGACUCCCACCAACAGCAAAACGACCCCCACCAACAGCAGAAUGACUCCCACCAACAGCAAAAUGACCCCCACCAACAGCAAAAUGACCCCCACUGCAGGAAGCCCGACAGCCUCGACAAAUAAGCCUCCCGCCUCUCCCACCUCUGCCACUUCUGCAGGUACAAAAUAAUCCAACCCAAACCACAAGCACCUCAAGACGCUCGUCACCCUCCACACAGCCAAGCCUCAGCACAACUUCUAUCUAAUCUUCAAUUUCUAUCUCCUCUAAUUCAAUCUGUGUUACUAAUUCUAUGACUAAUUCUGCGUCUUUUACAGCAAGUAAAAUGACCAUGGCCCAGACCACUCCCAAAACAAUGGUCUCAGGCGGAACCAGUGCAUCCAACUCCAUGACUUCAGGAUCCGGUUCCACAAACUCCAUGAUGUCUUCCACUCAGCCGACAAACUCCACUGGUAUGAUUCAGUUCAAAAAUAAUAUAUUUCAGCGAACUAGCCUGUGAAAAACACUAAAACUUAUGUUCAGGUUUCAUCUUUUGUCUUUUUGCUGCAGGCAUGUCUGGUAUGAGUGGAACCAGUAUGUACACUUCAAUGGGCAUGGUAAGUGUACCUUAAAGAAAGAAGUGUAUUUUUCCACUUGUCUCCCUUAUGCUUCUUUUUUUAAUGCUGAAAAUUUCCUCUCUAACACAGAUAAGCUGUCCCUCUUUUGCCUGUAACUACUCAGACUGCUACUCCAUGUACAUGAGUCAGAACGCCACUUCAUGUACUCCCGGGGCCUGCUGUGAGGUAAGAAGGCAAUAAUACAAACAAAACUUCAUGAACCAAUAAAACUACUCAAUGAAAUAACUUGAAAAUCUUGAGCAACGAUUUGUGAUGUUUAUCCUGGGAAUUAUUGGGUAAUAGAGAUGUAGCCUCUUGAAUAAAGUCAAGUAAGGUUUUUGGUGGAGUGGUUAGCGUUAAAGUGUUGCUUGCCCAAGGCCUUUUUUUAUGUGCUUGUCAUUUUUAAUCAGAAUCUGAAACAGGUACAUUUUUUGCAUAUAAGAAACUUGUGAUGUUUUGAUGCAAAAAAACUAUUUAUACAUGAGUACAACUGAAAACAAGUGUGACUUUACUGUCUGAAAAAUGCUACAACCUGUCUGUCACCUGUAUUACCUAAUUCAAUGUGCAAAAUUUGUUUAUCAAGAUUAUACAUGAACUUGCGUGUGCAUUUCUGUAUAGGUCUCAUAUAUCAGGGCCUGUUUCCACUGACAUUUUGAUUUUGCACAGGCAGCCCCUACUUUCUAAACAAAACCAGAGCAGCUCAGUGUUUUUGUGCUCAAUGUCUUCGGUGCAAAAACAUCUCAGUUGAACAUAGUUCAACUUUUAAAACAUCAACAUGCUCCACAUUGUCAUGCCUCUGUCAAGGACCAAUCAAAAUUACAGAACAGCAGGACUUAUGUUAUCAACAAUAUGACAAUAGUCUAUAGGAGAAACUAACCACACUGGAUUUUUUAAGGGUACUUUUUUCCAGGUCUAGAACUGCUGUUUUUACCAUAACAUUAUUUCUAUAAACUAUUUUCUUUGUACAAUUUUAUUGAAAAGCUAAUAUAAAACUCACAGAGCAUUUCAACAGAUAAGAUGAUCAUGCCUUAGGGGGGUAGAAGUGUAGCAGAACAACUUUAGUUACCUAGUGACACUUUCAGAGCAAAAACUGCUGUUAGUGGACACAGGCCCUAGGUAAUUUACAAAAGCUUUGAAAAUAUUGAUUUGCAGUUUAUUUAUAUAGUCUAACCUAGUUUCCGGGAUAAUUUGACAAAUUUUUCAAAAAUUGUUUUUUGUGCCUCUCUACAAUAUACCAGCUGAUAAGACAGACAAGCAUGUACUACACUGCUGGCUGCACCAACACCUGUUCUGAUCCCUGCAUCAACGGCUCUCAAACCAACUGUUCAGUGAGCUGCUGUAAUUCCACCGGAUGUCUGAAUAGCAGUUUUGCAUCCAUGAUGAUGACGACAGCCACAGCAGGUGAACACUCUCAUCUUUAACCUCACUAUGUACUCUCCACUCAUAAUAGUUUUGUUUAUGUUGACAUCCAACACUGUUGUUUAAUUAGGACUUUAAAUACGUUUAUUCGGGUGUGUUUUUUUAUAGUCAUUUUACUCUUGCUUUAUUUCAUUACAGCGAUGAGUACCACCAAAAAAACAACAACAAUCAAACCAACUACUACUACCACUAUGGCCAUCCCGCAGACAACAGCCAAAAAAGUGAGAUGUAGCUGUGUGUGUGUGUGUGUGUGUGUGUGUGUGUGUGUGUGUGUGUGUGUGUGUGUGUGUGUGUGUGUGUGUGUGUGUGUGUUUGUAUGUAUGUAUGCAGUGUUUUUUGACCAAAUGCUGUCAGCUGUAAGAAUAUAUUAGCAUACAGUGUUGACUUCAAAACAAUUGUCAGCCGUUACAACUUGACAAUGAUCUGAUACCUCGACAGAGUAAAUGACAUCUCUACCCAACUCUGAGCUAGCUCUGGUCUUUAUAAUGUAUCCUCCUUUUUUCUGAAUUGUUUUUCAGGGAAAAAUGUGCCAUCAAGGUCAAUGCACAGGUACAGACUGCUACAAGAAUUUCAACACCAUGCAAACAUGCUCCUCUACACACCUGCACUGUCAGGUAAGAGCUGCCCUGAAUUAUCACUAAAUCUGCGUCUGACAGUUGAACACAAGUGUAACCAAUAUGUUUAAUAGUAACAUGACUUUUUUUUUCUAAAAUAGAACCACUUUUUCAUGCCAGACUGUUUUUAUUUUCUUCUCACUCACACAUUUAUCUGUUCAGCUAAAAAAAGAGACAGCCGGUACCUCAUUUAAGUGGACAGCAGGCUGCUUCACCAACUGUUCGACUGAAACUCCAUGCAAAACGGCUACAAAACCUCCAUGUUGUCUAGAGUGCUGUGUCGCCACCAUGACCUCCUGCCUCCGCUUGAACGGCACGCUGAAUGUCCUCAAUGUGGCCACAAGGGGGCCCCAUCUAAACACAGAGUUGAUAGCCUCUUUACUCUGCCUGCUCGCCCUCACUUUGCUGCGUUAAGUGAGUGAGUUAAAGCUUCAUCAGCUGCUGUGUGGGUUAUUAGGUAACCAGAGCUUUGUGUAUCCCACAGUCUAUCCAGGAAAUAAAAGCUUCACAGUGCAAAUGAUUAACACUACUUCAUUUAAAACAGUUCAUCAACCCAAUUUUUAAACAUAAUAUCAUUGUACAUACUUAAGGGAAUAUGUUAAGCCAAUGUUAAAUGUUGAUUUCAGAUGUUGUUUUUAUAAAAACUUCCCAAAAAAUGUUUAAUUGUUGGUUCAAGACCAAUAAAAAUGGCUUUGAACAGUAUUUGAAAAUAAUGACAUGGAUUAUAUCAAAGCACACCAGGAGCAACACAGUCUUAAACUUAAUUUAAAGGGGAAAAAUAAUAGUUUUCGUUAUUAGAAAUAUCAAGAGACCCCUUUAAUUUACCAAACGCUUUCUUAAUGUUAAUAUUAGCAAUGACCUUGCCUAUAACUGUAACUGGAUUCACAAACUCUUUUCAGAAAGCCAAUAAACAGUUUCUGUUUGUGCCUUUCCAUUUUAAAGCUCCUGCGAGAUGUUUAUGGCUGCUUAUGAGACAAACUGAAAUUAAUUUUAGUGCCUUUUUGUUUUUUAUCAAAGCAAACAAAGCCAUUAGGAUAAUGCUUGAUUAUUUUUGGUUGUUAUUUUUCAUGUCUGUCACCGCUGUCAGGGGGUAGGUAUUAGACGUUUAACAGCUACAGAAAACAGGAUGAGAUCAUUGACAGAAAACACGACUUGUGCACAGGACAAGAUCAGCAAAGAGAAAAAAGGUAACGUUUUGUCCACAGGGGGGCGCCAAAUUCAGCUUGACCUGGAAGUUCCUCAAGGGAGCUUUAAACAAAUUCAACAAUGAGUGUAAACAACACGUGUAAACUCACAGGUAUGUUAAAUAUUUAACAAAACUUCUCCAUAGUUGAACUUUCUUUAAGCCAUUGUGAAAGUGACCAGCUGUGACUCUUUAUGCACUUUAUGAAACACAAAUAUUGAGCUGUUAUGGGGUGUUUGCUGAAGCAUUUCUGUACAUGCAGUCAUAGUUAAAUAUGAAUCAUAGUCUGUUCAUCUACACAUAUUUUGUGAAUAGUGAGUUGGAUGUGCAUCUAUAUUUUGUGGUUUACGAGGAAUAUUUUAAUGUAUAAUGGUGUCAUGUAAAUGUUGAAUGAAAUCAGGUUGUUCUAGUUUUGUGUAUGAAUAUAAUUAAUUUUGCUUUUUAAUUAAGUAAAUCUAAUAAAAUAUAUGUCUAAAAA